UCAACUUCCCAUUAAUUACUCAUUUAACACUAGCGCUCCCUCCGUUUACAACUUUCUAACCCCACUCGAUCUCUCAUUCUCACUCCAGCUAGCCAACCCUUCUCAGCAGUUCAUACCUCUGUCGCUGGAGUUGCGGACGACAAUGGCGAAACCCGCCCUCUGUGUUCUACAUUUCACUGCGUACCUCCUCAUUCUUCUUUUUUUUCACUCGCAAGCUUACAUGGAUUCAGAUAGGAAAGCUCUAAUGGCAUUCAAAGCCGCCUCUGACACUGCCAACAAGCUCGCCACCUGGAACUUCACCUCUAGCCCAUGCGACUGGUACGGCGUUUCCUGCCUCCACGACCGUGUCUCGAGGCUUGUUCUGGAGAACCUAGAUCUCCGUGGUUCCUUUCAUCCCCUAACCGCCCUGACUCGGCUCCGGGUUCUAAGCCUCAAGCGAAACCGCCUGUCGGGUCCCAUUCCCGACCUCUCCAACAUCACCGGUCUCAAGCUUCUCUUCCUUUCCUACAAUAACUUUUCCGGCAGCUUCCCGCAGUCCGUUCCGUCGCUUUUCCGGCUUUACCGCCUCGAUCUGUCAUACAAUAACUUGUCCGGCGACGUUCCGUUGGAGGUCAACGGUUUGACCCACCUUCUCACUCUCCGGCUAGAGGAGAACCAGUUUUCAGGUUCCAUUUCCGGUCUGAGCCUCCCUAAUCUGCAGGACUUAAACGUUUCAGGUAAUCACCUCUCCGGUGAAAUACCCAAAUCCUUCUCGGGUUUCCCAGAAUCAGUUUUUUCUCAAAACCACGCUCUCUGUGGGUCACCAUUGCAAAACUGCAAGAGCGUCACGACCAACCCGAAGAUACCCGGAUCCAACGGAGCCAUAGCCUCGCCGUUAAUGCCGGGUACUAACCCCACCACUGUAGUGGCAUCAUCGCCGAGUUCACUCCCUUCAAGCGCCACACGGACCAGAUCGGCUAGUAUUCACCACUCUGGAACCUCCAAAUUAAGUACGGUGGCUUUAAUCGCCAUAAUCCUCGGCGAUGUGUUUGUCCUGGCUGUAGUCUCUCUCAUCCUCUACUGCUACUUUUGGCGAAGCUAUGCGACCAAAAUGCGGGAGGGCAAGAGGUCGAAGCUCCUGGAGAGCGAGAAGAUCGUUUACUCAUCGAGCCCGUAUCCGGCACAGAACGGGUUCGACAGGGGUCGAAUGGUGUUCUUCGAGGGUGUGAAGCGGUUCGAGCUGGAGGACCUGCUUCGUGCCUCAGCGGAGAUGUUGGGGAAAGGUGGGUUCGGGACAGCGUACAAGGCGGUGCUAGAUGAUGGAAAUGUGGUGGCGGUGAAGAGGCUGAAGGAUGCAAGCGUGGGAGGGAAGAGAGAGUUUGAGCAGCACAUGGAGGUGCUGGGACGGCUGAGACAUCCCAAUAUUGUUAGUCUGAGGGCUUACUACUUCGCUAGAGAGGAGAAGUUGCUGGUCUAUGAUUACAUGCCUAAUGGUAGCUUGUUUUGGCUUCUUCAUGGUAACAGAGGACCUGGGCGAACCCCACUGGACUGGACCACGAGGCUAAAGAUCGCUGCCGGAGCGGCUCGAGGCCUAGCCUUUAUUCACAACUCAUGCAAGUCCCUCAGGCUCACCCACGGCAACGUCAAGUCCACCAACAUCCUCCUGGACAGAACCGGUAACGCCCGAGUUUCAGACUUCGGGCUCUCUGUCUUCGCCGCCCCCACCGUGGCAACCCCACGUUCCAACGGCUACCGCGCUCCCGAAUCGUUGGAUGUUCGGAAACUCACGCAGAAAUCCGACGUGUACUCUUUCGGUGUUCUUCUCCUGGAACUGCUCACCGGGAAGUGCCCUUCCGUGGUGGACAACGGUGGGCCAGGAGGAGGGUACGGAGGGGGGGUCGUUGACCUUCCGAGGUGGGUCCAGUCUGUGGUCAGAGAGGAAUGGACGGCUGAAGUUUUCGAUUUGGAGCUGAUGAGGUACAAGGACAUCGAGGAGGAGAUGGUGGGGCUGUUGCAAAUUGCCAUGUCGUGUACCGCUGCUUCCCCCGAUCAACGGCCCAAAAUAAGCCAAGUCGUCAAGAUGAUCGAGGAGAUACGUGGGGUCGAGAUGUCGCCGUGCGACGACAACUUGGAUUCUGUUUCGGAUUCACCUUCAGUGUCCGAGGAUGCCUGCGGAGCGAAUCAUGACUGAGUUUUUCUUUUGUUAUAGAGGAAGAGUUAAUAUGCUAUAAAUCUACUAUUACCGGCUCCAUUGAAGACUGUAAAUCAUGGGUUUCGUUUUGAUUUAUUUUUUUUAAAGCUUCUAAUUAAAGCUAUUGGUAAUGAUUUCAUACUGA